CUACUCAGGAAACCACAUAAGCUUCGCGGUUCUCUUGUCGCUCCAUCUCCAAACCAGAGAGAUGGGGAAGGUGAAAGGUAAGCAUCGUUUGGAUAAGUAUUACCACUUAGCUAAAGAACACGGCUACCGAUCUCGAGCCGCAUGGAAGCUCGUCCAGCUGGAUUCCAAGUUCAGCUUCCUCCGCUCGUCUCAAUCAGUGCUGGACCUCUGCGCUGCCCCCGGUGGAUGGAUGCAGGUGGCGGUGGAGCGAGUUCCGGUCGGCAGCCUCGUCAUCGGCGUCGACCUGGACCCUAUUCGACCCAUCCGCGGCGCUAUCGCAGUCCAGGAUGAUAUCACUACGCCUAAGUGCAGAGCCACACUCAAGAAACUUAUGGCCGAGAAUGGCUGCAGAACCUUCGAUUUGGUCCUCCACGAUGGCUCCCCCAACGUCGGUGGUGCCUGGGCUAAGGAGGCCACCAGUCAAAAUGCUCUGGUCAUUGAUUCCGUUAAGCUCGCCGCAGAAUUGCUGUCUCCUAAAGGGACUUUUGUUACAAAGGUUUUCAGGUCCCAAGACUACAGUGCUGUUUUGUACUGUUUGCGACAGCUUUUUGAGAAGGUUGAAGUGGAUAAACCUUUGGCAAGUCGUUCAGCGUCCGCAGAAAUUUAUAUUGUUGGUUUUAAAUACAAGGCUCCUGCAAAGAUUGAUCCUCGCCUUCUUGAUUUUAAGCACCUCUUCCAGGGAGGCAAAGAACCCCCAAAGGUGAUUGAUGUACUCAGAGUGACAAAGCAAAAGAGACACCGAGAUGGGUACGAAGAUGGUGCUUCAAUUUUGAGGAAGGUGUGCUCUGCUGUUGAUUUUAUUUGGUCUGAAGCUCCUCUUGACAUCCUUGGUUCAGUUACUUCCAUAUCUUUUGAUGAUCCUGCUUGUUUGCCUAUAAGAGAGCAUACUCUGACAACUGAGGAGGUAAAGGCCCUAUGUGAUGAUCUGCGAAUUUUGGGGAAGCAAGACUUCAAGCAUAUCUUAAAAUGGCGUAUGCAUAUAAGAAAAGCAUUGUCUCCUUCAGAGAAAAGUAUUACCCCAUCCAUAUCUGUUGAACCUGAGAGCAAGGAAGAUGAAGAUGAAAAAAUUCUUAAUGAAAUGGAGGAGCUGACAUUUGCAAUUGAGAGGAAGAAGAAAAAGGAGAAAAGGCUUCAAGCAAAACGGCAAGCUAAGGAAAAAGCUAGGAAGGCACUGGGUGUGCAAAUAGAUGCUACAGGGGAUGGAUAUGGUGAUCAAGACUUGUUUUCUCUAUCUUCUAUCAAGGGCAAGAAAGAUCUGGUAGCCGUUGAUAAUGAUGAAUAUCUUGAACCUGGUGAAGGAAAUAGUGAAGAUAGUGAAAGUGAUGCGGAGGCCCAAGAGGAUACAUCUAGUGAUGUGGAUUCGGAAGAAGAGCGUAGACGAUAUGACGAGCAUGUGGAAGAGCUGCUUGAUGAGGCAUAUGAGAGCUAUGUGGCUAGAGUGGAAGGGAAAACUAAACAAAGGAAGCGAACCAAACGAGCUUAUGAGAAGGAUGAUGAACUUUUGGAGGGUGAUAAUGACGAUGCUAUGGUUCAUUCUGAUCAAGACACAGACAACGAUCAGGGAGAACAUGAAUUGAAUCCUCUAGUGGUACCGCUUGAGGAUGCACCUACUCAGGAGGAGAUUGCAGCACAAUGGUUCAAUCAAGAUGUUUUUGCUGAACCAGAUGAGGAGGAUAUUUUGGACAAGUAUGAUAGUGAAGAUGAAAUGCAAAUAGAUGAACCAGGGAAAAGUGCCAAAAAGUCAAGGCAGAUGGGAAAAGAUGCAUCCGAGAAACAAACCAUUGGUGUGACCAGAAAGACUAAAAGUUCAGUUCUUCAAGUCCCUUCCAGUGAGGUGGCUGAAGACUUUGAAAUAGUCCCAGCUCCACCUACAGAUUCAAGUGACUCAUCUUCAUCAGAUGAUUCAGAUGAUGAUGACAUUAACAAUAAGGCUGAAAUACUUGCUUAUGCAAAGAAGAUGCUAACAAAAAAGCAGCGAGAGGAGAUGCUUGAUGAUGCUUACAACAAAUAUAUGUUUCACGAUGAAGGGCUGCCAAAGUGGUUUGCUGAUGAAGAAAUAAAGCAUCGCCAGCCUAUAAAGCCUAUAACUAAAGAGGAAGUUGCUGCAAUGAGGGCUCAAUUUAAAGAAAUAGAUGCCCGGCCUGCAAAGAAGGUGGCAGAAGCCAAAGCCCGAAAGAAGAGGGCUGCCCAUAGAAAACUAGAGAAGAUACGCAAGAAAGCCAACUCUAUAUCAGACCAGGCCGAUAUUUCUGAUCGUUCAAAGACGAAAAUGAUUGACCAACUCUACAAGAAGGUUGGCCCCAAAAAACCAGAAAGGGAAUACGUAGUGGCAAAGAAGGGGGUUCAAGUCAGGGCUGGCAAAGGUAAAGUACUUGUUGAUCGACGAAUGAAAAAGGAUGCAAGAAAGAAUGGCAUAAGCAAAAAGGGUAAAGGAAAGAAUGGAAAACAGAAAGGAAAAGGAUCGAUGAAGGCAAAGGGUAAGAAGGGGGAAGCAAGGCAAAAUAGUCGGAAAUGAUCCCCUAUGACUCACUGCCACAGCAAAUUUGACUAGUCGCCUGGUUCUAUGGAUUCUUCAGGCAUGACCUGCAAGGGACUGGACUGAACUGGACAGUGCUAGGCCAAAAUAUUUUUGUUUUCCCGAAAACUAGUUUAUAAUUUGUUCAAGAUUGAGGUAAUGUAAUUCUAAUUCAACUUGUUAUAGUAAUUCAUAAUACUAAAAAUUUUCCAUUCUAUUCAAUCAUGCACAUUUCGAAAUUCAAUUUAUAUGAUGCCCGAGUUUUAUUUU